AUGAAAAUAAUUUUACAUCGAUUACUCCGAGGUCGUCUUUCUUUAAAAGUUUAUGUGUUUAUUAUUUCCUUCAUUGUAUUAUGUGGUUAUAUUUUACCACAUUAUAAAUUUUAUCCGAUAGCUCCUGUAACUGUAGCUCCAGCAGUGAACAGUCAUACAAGGGUCACUAAACACUUAUCAAAAUUAGUAACUCUUGUUUUUCGUCAGUUUGAGGAGUUUGAAAACGAUGUCGCCGAAAGUGUUGCAUCUUUUGUGGGGGCAUAUCCUAAUAUGCAAAUUUUGAUUCUAAACCAAAGUCCACAAUAUCCACCUUAUCAAUUUUCGACAUCAAACAAUACCUUACGUAAUGUGAAAAUAGUAUCGUUAGAUCUUAAACUCGAUUCUUCUCCUAACGAGUUAAAGCCUCUUUCCCACAUUUCUACUGAGUACGUGCUUUUUGUACCUGACUCGACACGUGUAACGCGUCGUGUACUUCAGCAAUUACUAUUGGCUGCUACAAGCGCUCCAACUCAAGGCACAGCUGUAGGUGUUGGUGGUUCACGAUUAGUUUGUCAGCAAGUGAAAUGGAACUUUGUAGAUUGGACCCUGCAAUACAGCAAAGAUGCUUCAGGAAAGAUAUGUGAUGCAGUGCAAGGACAGCAUGCUGUUAUAUUUAAGACUUCAAUAUUACACACACUCCCUGAUCCAUUUUUGUUUCCUUUUCCUGAGUCACUGUAUCUCCAGACUGCAGUGAGAAAAAUAAAAAUACAAAUAAUUGAUGGCAAAUUUAGUUCUGGUAGAAGCGUAUUAAAGACUCCUAUAUCAAAGCAGAAAGCAUCAAGACGGCAACGAGAAUAUAGAAUAGCACUAUAUAAACAGCUGGGUGUAAAAGCUGUUGUACGAGAUGAUGGCAGAGUUCAGUGGUAUGGUUGCAAAAGAGAAACUCAGCGAUGUUUUCCGCCUGUACAAGGUACACCAUCCUAUAUACUUUCUGGGCGAAAUAUUCCUCCUUGUUGUAGGAGAAAUAUACGCAGAACAGCAGCUCAUGUUCUAAGAGCAUUAUUACAAGCCGGAGCUAGAUGUUGGCUUGAGACCACUUCACUACUUGGUGCAGUAGUACGGGGCGAUCUCUUACCUUGGGCGGAAUAUGCAGAAAUUGGCAUACACUCGGCCGACUUGCCAAGAGUUUCUUGGCUCCAACGUGGAGGUGCAGACAAUGAUGGCUUUGUAUGGGAACGUGCAACAAAAGGACAUUACUAUAGAGUGGCUUAUUCGGCUACAAAUAGAGUUUAUGUUCUGAUACUUCCCUUUACACCAAAGAAUGGUACUAUGUGGCCAGCUGACUGGGUAAUGGCUCAUCAGAGAGAGUUCUCUGAAAGACACUUGCACCCGCUUGCUCAGAUUCAGUUCGCAGGUCGACAAGCUCCAGCACCAAAUGACGCACGCGCAUUUCUUGAUCUCAAAUUAGGUGCCAAUUCUCUGGAGAGAUGCCAGAAAAUUGGCCCUAAACUUAUUUAUCCGUAA